AUGUCUAUUCCCGCAACUCAAUACGGAUUCGUCUACACCAAGGCAUCGGGCCUUACUUUGAACAAGAACAUUCCUGUUCAGCAACCAGGCAUUGGCCAAUUGCUUUUGAAAAUCGAUGCUGUUGGCUUGUGCCACUCGGACUUGCACGUUAUUUAUGAAGGGCUCGACUGCGGUGACAACUACGUGAUGGGCCACGAGAUUGCUGGCACUGUUGCCGACGUUGGUCCCGAAGUUGACGACUGGAGCGUUGGCGACCGUGUAGCUGCCGUGGGCCCCAAUGGCUGCGGCAACUGCUCUUUUUGCCGCGGCGAUGCCGAAAAUGUGUGCAAGCGCGCCUUUGGCGACUGGUUCGGCUUGGGUAACGAUGGUGGCUACCAGCAGUACUUGAUUGUGCAAAGACCACGCAACUUGGUUAAGAUUCCAGACAAUGUUCCCUCUGGAAUUGCUGCUGCCUCAACUGACGCUGUCUUGACCCCCUAUCACGCCAUCAAGAUGGCCAAGCUCACUCCUGCUUCGAAAGUUUUGAUUGUCGGUGCUGGCGGCUUGGGUGCCAAUGCCGUCCAGAUUGCCAAGACAUUUGGCGCGCACGUGACUGUCUUGGACAAGAAGGACAAGGCUCGCGCCGAGGCCUUGAAGUUUGGCGCCGAUGCUGCACUCGAGAGCUUGCCUGCGCAUACAGAGGCUGGCUCAUUCGACGUCUGUUUUGACUUUGUCUCGGUGCAAGCUACGUUUGACAUUUGUCAAAAAUACUGUCAACCCAGAGGUAUUAUUGUCCCCGUUGGUCUCGGCGCCCCCAAGUUGACGAUCGAUGUCGCUGAUUUGGACUUGCGCGAAAUCAAGAUCUUGGGCAGUUUCUGGGGUACUACUACUGACUUGGAGGAAGUCUUUGAGUUGGUUAGCAAGGGCAUUGUCAAGCCAAAUGUCCGCUCGGCCAAGUUGGAAGAAUUGCCUGUCUACCUUGAAAAGUUGAAAAAGAACGAGUACGAGGGAAGAAUGGUUUUCCACCCAUAA